AUGAGACGAUGUAUCAUUGUUGUUACAGGACAGAAAACGGAGGUAACACAACUUCCGGAAACCGUAUCGGUGAAAGCUGGAGACAGACUCACUCUACAGUGUACAUUGACUGGGGUAAAUUUACUUGGAGGUGUGCGGUGGUUCAAAGGGCUGGACAGAAACCAGCCCCCCAUUUACAGCAAUAAAGUAGGCGCUUCCAACUGGGGGGUGAGGCUCAUCCCAAGAUCCAACACAGACUUCAGCAUCAACAUCCCAAACAUCCGUCCUGAAGAUGCCGGGAUCUACUAUUGUGUGAAGUUCAGGGCAGGGAUCCCAGAGAGAGAACUGGCUUCGGGGAAAGGCACUCUGGUCUCCGUAAUUGCCAAGCCAUCCCAGCCUGUGGUUUGUGGCCCCACAACAAGAGUCGUGGCAGGGUCUUGGGCCUCCUUCAACUGCUCCACAGAGGGAUUCUCCCCCCAGGAGAUCACAGUCAGCUGGUUGAAGGACGGGAAAAAAAUACAGGCUGCCCAGACCAACAUCUUGAACUCUGAUGGAACAGAGAGCAUUUCAUACCAAGUAGAGAGCACAGUGGAAAUCCCGCUGGAGCAAGGAGAUGUGAAGUCUCAGCUGACCUGCCAGAUCCAACACAGAUCGUUGGAUGGUCCUCUCCAGCAGGCCUUCCCACUCAGUGAUGUCCUAAGAGUUCCUCCCAAAAUCCGACUUGAGACCAGUCCACUUUCUCCAGUGCAGCUGAACACCACUGUGAUGGUCACUUGCAACGUAGACAGUUUUUACCCAGACGAUGCAAAAGUGGAGUUGUUUCCCAAGGACCCCCCAAGUAGAAAAGGAAUUGUUGGCCCGAGGACCCCGAAUCCAGAUGGGACCUUUUCCCUCAAGAGUCACCUGGAGAUGGUGGCCACAGAAGACAGGAAUUCCUCCAUGUUCCUUUGCCAGCUCCAGCAUAAUUCCCAGCCUCUGGUCAACGAAACCACCACACUCCUCAUUAUGAGCCAACUUGAAGGAA